AUGAACUCUGCCAUCACCAGCUGUGAGCACCCGGAGCCCUUGAAGGGUGAUGGUGUAUUCAACUCCCAUGAAGGUGGCCAAGGCAGGAAGAAGGAUGGCCAGCCUAGGGGUCUCAGCAGUAACCUGGCUUAUAGCAUCCUGGAUAUCCCACCAUGGUAUCUCUGUAUCUUCUUGGGAGUGCAGCACUUCCUCACAGCCCUGGGGGGACUCGUGGCAAUUCCACUCAUCCUGGCCAAGGACCUGUGUUUGCAGCAUGACCCCCUGACCCAGAGCUACCUCAUCAGCACCAUUUUCUUCGUCUCUGGCAUUUGCACUCUCCUGCAAGUAAUUUUAGGAGUCAGGCUGCCCAUUCUCCAGGGAGGAACAUUUGCUUUUCUGGCACCCUCCCUGGCCAUGCUGUCCCUUCCCACCUGGAAGUGCCCCAUGUGGACGCUCAAUGCCAGCCUGGUGAACACCAGCUCCCCUGAAUUCACUGAGGAAUGGCAGAAGAGGAUCCGAGAGCUGCAGGGAGCCAUCAUGGUUGCUUCCUGUGUCCAGAUGCUGGUGGGCUUCUCAGGCCUCAUUGGCUUCCUCAUGCGCUUCAUCGGCCCCUUGACCAUUGCUCCGACCAUCUCCCUGGUGGCCCUGCCUCUCUUCGAUUCUGCGGGCAAUGACGCCGGGAUCCACUGGGGGAUUGCUGCCAUGACCAUCUUCCUCAUCGUGCUGUUUUCUCAGUACCUGAAAAACAUCGCGGUGCCUGUGCCUGUUUACGGAAGAGAGAAGAAGUGUCACACCUCUAAGUUCUACCUGUUUCAGGUCUUCCCUGUGUUGCUGGCGCUCUGCAUCUCGUGGCUGCUGUGCUUCGUGCUCACAGUCACCGACGCCCUCCCCUCGGCACCUGCAGCCUACGGGUACCUGGCCCGCACAGACACCAAAGGCGACGUCCUGAGCCAGGCUCCUUGGUUUCGCUUCCCUUACCCAGGGCAGUGGGGCCUCCCCACCAUCAGCCUGGCUGGGGUCUUUGGGAUCGUCGCGGGGGUGAUCUCCUCAAUGGUGGAGUCGGUAGGCGAUUAUUAUGCCUGUGCCCGCCUGGUGGGGGCACCACCCCCUCCGAAGCACGCCAUCAACCGAGGCAUCGGCAUCGAGGGCCUGGGCUGCCUGCUGGCAGGGGCCUGGGGUACGGGGAACGGCACCACCUCCUACAGCGAGAAUGUCGGGGCUCUGGGCAUCACCAGGGUAGGGAGCAGGAUGGUGAUUGUUGCGGCGGGCUGCGUGCUGCUCCUGAUGGGCAUAUUUGGGAAGAUCGGGGCUGCGUUUGCCACCAUCCCAACCCCUGUGAUCGGAGGCAUGUUCCUGGUGAUGUUUGGGGUCAUCACUGCCGUGGGGAUUUCCAAUCUUCAGUACGUGGACAUGAACUCGUCCAGAAACAUCUUUGUCUUUGGCUUCUCCAUCUACUGUGGGCUUGCUGUUCCCAACUGGGUGAACAAGAACCCGGAGAGGCUCCACACAGGGAUUCUGCAGUUGGACCAGGUCAUCCAGGUGCUGCUGACCACGGGCAUGUUUGUUGGUGGAUUUCUGGGCUUUCUACUGGACAACACCAUCCCUGGAAGCCUGGAGGAGAGAGGCCUCCUGGCGUGGAAUCAAAUCCAGAAGUCUGAGGAGACUACGAAGAUCUCGGAGGUCUACAGCCUCCCCUGGGGGAUCGGCACCAGGUUCUGCGCAUCCUCCUGCACCCGGUGCCUCCCCUUCUGGCCCAAGCUGGAACGUGGUGGGAGAGGUGAGGUGGGGGUGAGCCAGCUGACGCUCUGCUCCCGGGACCCCUCAGAAGAGCGACCCAAGGGCGCCACAGACACCAGGAUGUAAGAACGCUCCUUCUGCACGUCCCAGAGGCUUCACUAUCCCCCCACCCAAUGUGCUGAG